AUGGCUGCUUCCUCCACUGUCAGCAGUGUACCUAAGCACCAAGUGUUCCUUAAUUUCCGCGGGAAGGAACUUCGUAAUCUGUUCAUAAGCCAUCUAGCUAAGGCCUUGAAGGAUAAAAAUGUUCAGAUCUUUAUUGAUGAGGGUGCGGAGAAAGGCCAACCUCUAAGUAAUCUUUUCAAGGAGAUCGAAAAGUCGAGGAUCGCGCUGGCUGUCUUUUCCAAACUGUACACCGAGUCAGAUUGGUGCAUGAACGAGCUAGAAAGAAUAAAAGAACGAACGGAAGAAGGCAAGCUCGUGACAAUUCCCAUCUUCUACAACGUAGACCCUGCAACCGUUAGGUAUCAGGAGGGAGAAUUUGGCGAUGCCCUCAGAAAAAAAGAAAAGAGAGAUGUUACUGAUAACAAGAUGAACAACUGGAAAAAGGCUCUGGCGUAUGUUAGUUACCUGUUGGGCUUCGAAUUUGACGGAAAAAGCAACGAGAGCACGUUCAUCAACAAAAUCGUCAACGAGGUUUUGCAGGCGCUGAGCAAAAUUUCGUUAGACGAAAGCACAAGUGAACAUGCACAAAACACCAGAGGAGAAGAACAAGAAGAAGAAGAGGAGGAGGCUGGUCAGAUUUGUGGGCUCAAACAACGCCUAGAGGAACUGGCAGAAACAGUAGACAUUCAUGGCGUGGAGACUCGUAUUGUCCAAGUUGUUGGGAUGCCCGGCAUUGGUAAAACCACUCUCUUGAAAGCGUUCUACGAGAAGUGGUACACCAGGUUCUCCAGACGCGUCUUACUCCAAAAUAUAAGUGGCAUUGUAAAGGAAGUGGGCUUAGAACGCUUACCCGUGAUGCUCCUCAGAGAGUUGCUUGGUAAAGACGACAUAGACGAUGAUGAGACAUACGACGAAUACAAGGAACAACUACGCAAAGACAAAGUUUUCAUUGUUCUUGAUGGGACAAGUGACGAGACACAUAUACAAACUCUUUUUGAGGGUCUUGGUGAAUGGAUCAAGAAAGGUAGCAAGAUUGUGAUUGCAACACGCGCAGUGUCUCGGGAUCCCAUGAUCCUUCAUACUUAUUUUGUACCGCUGUUGUGCUACCGAGAUGGGUUAGAACAUUUUAAUCGCUAUGCAUUUGAUCAACAAAACAAACACGACAGGGAAGCUUUCACGAAGGUAUCCAAAGAAGUUGUGCGUUACGCGAGAGGCCACCCACAAGUUCUCAAGAUAUUGGGUGAAGAGCUUCGUGACAAACCCUUUCCUUACUGGAAAGAGAAACUAGAUUCACUUCCGCAAAAGCUCAGCCCUAGUAUUCGAGACCGUGUCUUGCAAGUAACCUAUGAUGAACUGAGUCAAGAGCAGAAGGAUGCGUUUCUUGACAUAGCUUUUUUCAGAUCCCAUGAUUUGGUUUAUGUAAAGAGCUUGCUGGAUUCAUCUAGUCCUAAAGCGACAAUGACAAUAGAUGCUCUCAAGGACAAGUUCAUGAUUUAUAUUUCCGACAGCCGAGUAGAGAUGCAUGAUCUUUUGUAUACGUUUGCCAUGGAAGUUGGUUCAGAAGCUUAUGCUAAGGAUGGAAGAGGGAGACACCGGAUUUGGCACCGUCAGAACAAAAAUAACGGAGACAUGCUCAAUAAGCUGAGGAAAAGAAAAGGAGGCGGGACCAGCGUCAGAUGUUUUUUCCUGGACUUGUAUGACAUGAAGAACGAUGUGACCUUAGGCAGGGAUCACCUCAAGAAGAUGCGACAUCUCAGGUAUCUCAAGUUCUACAGUUCUCAUUGUCCUCAGGAAUGUGAGCCUAAGGAAAACAUACACAUCCCUGAUGGACUUGAGCUUCCACUGGAAGAGGUACGAUGUUUGCACUGGCUGAAUUUUCCUGAAGAUGAACUUCCACAAGGUUUCAACCCCAAGAAUCUUGUAGACCUCAAGCUACCUUACAGCAAAAUUAAACAUAUUUGGAAAGAAGAAAAGGAUGUAGCAAAACUAAGGUGGGUUGAUCUCAAUCACUCAAGUAAGCUGGAUAACUUGUCAGGACUAUCACAGGCUCAAAAUCUAGAAAGAUUAAACCUUGAAGGCUGCACAUCACUAAAAACGUUACCUCUGGAUAUGCAAAAAAUGGAAAGUCUUGUUUUCCUGAACUUGAAAGGGUGCACGGCUCUCGAAUCACUUCCCGAUAUCAAUUUGAAAUCUCUCAAGACACUCAUCCUUAGCAACUGCUCAAGUCUGAAGAAGUUUAUGGUGAUUUCAAAAACUCUCUAUGCUUUAUAUUUGGAUGGUAGUGCAAUAAAGCAACUUACUACAGACCCUACAGACAUGGUGAAGCUAGCAAGACUCGUUAAAUUAAGCAUGAAAGACUGCAAGAAGCUGGUAAAGCUUCCCGGAGGAUUUGACAAGCUGAAAGAUCUUCAAGAACUAGUAUGUUCUGGUUGUUCAAAGCUAAGUAGUCUUCCAGAUGAGAUGAAGAACAUGAAAUGCUUGCAGAUUCUGAUGCUUGAUGGGACUGCAAUAGAGGAGAUUCCUAAGAUAACAUCACUUCAGCGUUUAUGCCUAAGCGGAAAUGAAAAAAUCAUUUUCCUUCCGGGAUACAUCAGUCUGCUAUCUGAGUUGAAAUGGCUGGACUUGAAGCACUGUAAGAAUCUUUUAUCUAUUCCAGAGCUUCCACCAAAUCUUCAGUGCUUAGAUGCACACGGGUGCGAGUCACUAAAAACAGUUGCAAAUCCACUGGCUACUCAUUUGCCAUCGGAGCAAAUUCACUCCACAUUCAUUUUCACCAACUGCGAAAAAUUGGACCGAACUGCAAAGGAGGGAAUAACAACCUACGCUCAAAGGAAAUGCCAGUUGCUAUCAGAUGCACUAAAACGCUGCAAUGAGGGUUUUAUUCCAGAGGCUUUGUUCAGCACUUGCUUUCCAGGUUGCGAAGUACCUUCAUGGUUUUGCCAUGAAGCGGUUGGAUCUGAGUUAAACCUCAAAUUUUCCCCACAUUGGAACGAAAAUAGGUUUGUUGGCAUAGCUUUAUGUGUAGUUCUCUCCUUUCCAAAUGGCCAAGAAGAAAUCAACUCCUUUUCGGUUACAUGCAAGUUUAACCUGAAAAAUAAAGAUGGGUCACUAAUCUUCUUCGACCGCCUGGUUGGAAGUUGGAACAGACAUGGCAAGAAACCAGAAAAGGUGGCAAAAUGGCAAGAAACAAGACAAGAUGGCAUCAGAUCAUGUUUUUAUUUGCUAUACAAGAUGCUCAAAUAACAUAAAAUGUCUUGAAGAUCAUUACUCAGGUGCAUGCACUCCAACUAUUACUUCCCUUGAAUUUGGUGUCACAGAUGAGAAAGCUAGAGUCGAGGUACUCAAGUGCGGCUUAAGAUUGGUGUAUGCAUCUGAUGAACCCCAGAAGACAAACUCAGAUGUGACUGACAACAAGGAUGCAGAGUCUAACACAGCUUGUGACGAAAUCGAGUGUCAAGAUUUAACUCCAAUAAGAAAUGGCGAUUACAAAGUAUAGGAAGUUUAACUUCCAGUCGAGAGGAUUCAUGUGGAUCAAAUUAAUCAACCUUACAAAGAAUCCCAAUUGGGAGAUCACACCUAGUUGGGUAUCUUUGGACACAACUGGUCGUGUUUCCACUCUGUUGUGUCCUAAAAAGUUUCUACAAAGAAAUAUAUGUUCGAUAAGUAAGAACUUUUUUCAAUCAUCUCGUCUGUCAAGUCAUCAAGAUCACAGUCCUAAAACUGAAAAGGCUAAUGCCUAAUUUCCUCCAGUUGCAUGGAGUUUUCUUUCAAACGGUUGGUAUGCUUUAAAGGCUCCUUCCAAAUCCUUUUUGAAAUUUCUGAUGGUGCUAUAAAGUUCUUUUGUUUCUCCUUCUUUAUCCAACCAUU